AGAAGAAAAGGGCAAUGAUGCUUUCUUAAUUCAUUGAGGUUUAUUCUAUAUAGUGGCAUUGUCAACAGUUAAACUGCUGUUAGAUAUCAAUUCAAGUAGAAUAAUGGAGUUGAUUAUUGCUACAACGCCACAAGAGAGGUAAAAGAAAAAGAUCAGGAGGGAAUCCCAAGCUUGAUAUGGACAACACUAUUAGAUGACAUAAGCAUUGCCCACAAAGAAUUAGGCAUCACUACAACCAGGUGGGAGCACCAGAGAUAAUUGAUCGAGAUAAUACUCAACAAUCCAGUACUGCAACUCCCCUUCCCCUUUAUGUAUGGUACCUCUCUUUCUACCCUUUAUGCUUGGAUUAUCCCAUCCCUAGCUAUUAAAGAACAAGCACCCCCACUUAUUCAACCCCUAUACCUUAAAACUUCUUAAUUUUUCGUACCCCUCAGCUAGCUAGCUAGCUAGCUAGAUUGAAAGCUUUAAUUUUCAGCUGCCAUGACUUUCCAGGAGGAAGAAGUAAACGAGAUAUCAAAAAACAGCCAAGAUUUCGAAUCCAAGGAAAGUGAAUAUGAUCAUGAAACAGCUGCUGAUCAUGAGAACUUGGGAGAAUUGUUGAGUUUAGGUCUCAACAGAAACAUAGAGUCCUUCACAACAGUCGGAGAUAAUUCUGAUCAUGCCCAGUCUUCAAAACCAGCAAGCUGUAACAAGGUUUUCUCAUGUAACUUCUGCGGGAGGAAGUUUUACAGUUCGCAAGCCUUGGGUGGCCACCAAAACGCACACAAAAGAGAAAGAGGAGCUGCAAAAAGGUGCCAGUCUCAAAGGAUGAUGAUGACGACAAUGGGGUUUCCUUUCAAUAAUCGUCCUCUAACGGCGGCUCGAUCACUGGGCGUCCAGCCCCAUUCGCUUGUGCGCAAGCACAUGAGUAGAGAAGGGUCUUCCAUGGUCGCUAGAUUUAGCGAUGCCAACGCAGAGUUUGGGAAGCCAUGGACACCUUUCAUGGCAGAAGAAAGGAUGGAUUUGAUCUGGCCAGGAAGCUUCCGCACGGGCAAAUUACCAGAUCAACAACCAUCGGAUCAUUCGGAUGUACAUCAGCUUGACUUAGAUCUUCGGCUGUAAUACUUGGAAUAAUUUUGCUUCUAGUUGUAUCUCAUUAAUGUAUGUUCAUGUCCUUUAAUCUCA